UGCUGUCGACGUGAGACAAACCCUGUCAGUCAGUGUGUGUUUCCAGCUGUUUGCGUGCAGCUGCGGUGAUCACGCUGCAACAACAGCCCUAUCCAGCUGUGCGGCCGAUCAGCCGCUGGGUGUCUGCCUCGGCCGGGGGGGAGGCCGGAGUGGGCUGAUCCGCUCGUGUGAUCCGGAAGACAGGGUGUGAGACAUGGGACGACACCUCGGGUCAGCAGCUGAUUCCGCCACACGUCUCGCGGAGGAGUCAGUGCGUGGAUACGUGUGAGUGAGUGUGCGUUGAGCAGUGGGGCUGCGCGCGUGUUUGAGAGUGUGAGUGUGCGCAGAGAGGGAAUCCACAACCUCGGCACCGAGCGGGACAUCCCUCCCCAUCCCUGUGACCGGAGCGAUCAGAAGGGGCUCGAACACGCCCCAGCACUCGUCUCUGGCUGUGGUGGGACUCUGAACAUCCUGACCAUAGGCCAGACAAGGUCACGUUGAUGCUGGUGGGCACCUCCCAGUAUUCUCCCCACCAUCUCCUCCUGCAUCGCUCCCAUCUACCCGACGGCCAUGGCUAUGAGCAGUGACCCUGGCUGCGAGAGGCUCGACCCUGACUCUGCUGAACAGGCCGCCGGCCUCACGAACAUCAUGGCUGCCAUGACGACGAAAGAUUCAGGCGGCUCGACUGCCAACGGCGUGAGAAACGGGGGGGCUCAGCAGGAGGAGGCUCAGGCCAAGAGGGCUCAUCCGUUGCGGCCUCACCUGACUGGAAGGAAGCUGUCCCUGCAGGAGAGAGGCACUUAUCUGUCCUCAGGCUCUGGAGGAGGCUACACACACAUCUCCCCUCGCGUGGCUCGCAGGCCCACAGUGGAAUCCAAACGCGUGUCUAUAUCUGACUCUCAGGACUGCAUCCAGUUGAACCAGUAUAAGCUGAAGAGUGAGAUCGGAAAGGGCUCCUACGGUGUGGUCAAACUUGCCUACAACGAGGACGAUGACAAGAAUUAUGCCAUGAAGGUGGUGUCCAAGAAGAAGUUAAUCAAGCAGUGUGGUUUUCCCCGUCGCCCACCCCCACGAGGACCCAAGGCAGCCCAAGGGGAGCAGCCCAAAAUCCUAGGACCCCUGGAGAGGGUCUACCAAGAGAUCGCCAUCCUUAAAAAACUGGACCACAUCAACAUUGUCAAACUGGUGGAGGUGCUGGAUGAUCCCGCGGAGGACAACCUUCACAUGGUGUUUGAGCUGAUGCCUAAAGGUCCAGUGAUGGAAGUGCCCACAGACGAUGCUUUUUCAGAGGAGCAGGCGAGGUUAUACUUCAGAGACAUCAUCCUGGGUAUAGAAUACUUGCACUAUCAGAAGAUUGUCCACCGGGACAUCAAGCCCUCCAACUUGUUGCUGGGGGACGACGGCCACGUGAAGAUUGCAGACUUUGGGGUCAGCAACCAGUUUGAGGGCAACGAUGCUUUGCUGUCCAGUACAGCCGGCACUCCAGCCUUCAUGGCCCCAGAGACGCUGUCAGACCAGCGCAAGAGCUUCAGUGGAAAGGCUCUGGACGUGUGGGCCAUGGGAGUCACUCUCUACUGUUUCGUCUUUGGAAAGUGUCCGUUUAUCGACGAGUACAUAUUGGCCUUGCACAACAAGAUCAGGACCAGGCUCGUGGAUUUCCCAGAAGUACCAAAGAUCAGUGAAGAGCUGCGGACUCUGAUCUUGCGGAUGCUGGACAAGAACCCAGACUCCAGGAUCACCAUCCCUGAGAUCAAGUUGGACCAGUGGGUGACCCAGGGAGGCAGCGACCCCUUGCCCCUAGAGGAGGAGCACUGCUCUGUGGUGGAGGUGACAGAGGAGGACAUCCAGAAUUCAGUCAAGUUUGUCCCCAGCCUCUCUGCAGUGAUCUUGGUGAAGGCCAUGCUGAGGAAGCGCUCCUUCAGUAACCCCUUCGAAUGCCCGAGCAGGAGAGAGGAGCGCUCCAUGUCUGCACCUGGCAGCCUGCUCAUGGACUCGUGGCCCUUCCGGCCCUCUUUAAAACUCCAUCCCUCUCUCAGAAAGGGAAGCACAGGUGACGGACCCAGAGAGGGAGAGCUGGAGGACCUGCAUGAGGACGAGCCCUCGCCUUGAGUCUGCCGUCCACAGAACUCCGUCCUCUUUACAUCCCCGUGCUUGGACUACUGUUUGCUCACCUCUCACACUCAGGCUUGCUUUGUUUUGUUUUUUUGCUUCCAGUCGAUCCUUUCUUAUUCCCCCAGUUUCCUUCUUCACUGUGGAGUCUCCCGGCACUAAGUGUGAUCGUCUUACCUGCUUAACCACUAUCGGCAAUGCAAUGGAUAAACCGACGAGGGGAGCUCUGAUAAUUUUCUGGAUCAGAGUAUUGUGUUGCAGAAAAGGACAAGGAAAUGUUUGUUCACUUGCAUUAAACUGUUUUGUGGUGGGGGGGACUUCUACUUUACACCCCAUCUUCACUCAUAGUCAACCCAUUGAAGAGACGAGAAACUCAUCACAGACUUCAGCAUGUAAAUGACACUAUACCGUCUCUUCAUUGGCGUACAUGGCUUUUGAUUUCUGAUCAGUGAUCGGCCAUUUGUAAUAUUGUACAAAGAUGUCUUAAAGUAACUUCAGUGUUAUCGUCUUACACCCUCGUUAUGUUUGUGCCAUCAGUAGCUUUUAUUUUGUAGGCCGAAUUACUUCCUGUGCUGCCUUCAUAGUCCCAGUUGGAAGGGGACCACACACACACACCAGGCCUCAGCUUUGUUUGAACACAUUUCAGUGUGACGUUUCCUGCUGUCAAUGUGUGUAACUAUUACUAUUCUGAUUAUCAUUUUCUCUUCAAAUCUAUUGUGAUUAUCUGAGUUUGGUUCUCGAACACUGUUAUAAGAAACUACAACAUCACACACUACUGAUUGAUGUGAGGUCAUAGUGACAGAGAAUAGAGCACAUCAAGAUGCCUGUUGUUUGAGGACGAGAGGGAACAGGAAGGGAUUAGAAACCACCCACACUGCCCUGACUCCAGUUUAUUCCAACGCCUAAUUGUCCAGUGCAGCAUCAUCCACGUGAAGUGACUGUUCAGAAACAUCUAGGACAUCUGGGAGGGUGGGGGGGAGGUCAUUAAUGUUACUGUUAAGAAGGGAAGGGUAGUCCUAGUUGAGAAGGGUCUCUUUAUUAUAAACACCCCAAAUAUACUCUUGUCAGUUCGUUGUGAGAAUGAUUUCAACAGAUUUAAUCAAUAGUCACACAUGAUGGCUCUGGUGUUCACAGUCAUUAAAGUAUGUUUAUCAUGUGCAGGACAACAACCGUUAAAUGAGAUCACACUAGAAUAUAUUUAUUCCUUUUCAGUUACUACCUUGUUUGGCAUUCGAGUUGGUUGGCUAACUCUUAGGGUAGGUUGUGUUAGUUUUUUCUGAACCGACUCAACCCAGCUGAGAACAUUUCUGCCACCAUAGCAGCUCUGCCUCAGAUAACCUAUUUGUAUUAUUUAUAUAUCUCAAUUUGUCCCCUUUUUUUUUUUUUUGCUGGUCUUGCACAUUACCCCCUCGGGGGAAAAACAGUUUGGAUCUAAACACUCGAACUACAGUGAGAAAGGAGCAUCUCAAUGUUAUGAUAAGGUCCGGGCUGCCAACAAUAACAGCAGCAGAAACAAGCUGAUCGGAGACAGGCAGCACAGCGCUUCACUUUCCCUCUCUUAGCCUGGUUCUCGGUAGCCUCCAGUGCAGCACAUUAACUCAAGUGCAGAGACUAGAGAUGGCGUGGUGCGGUCUGAAGUGGAAAUGUAUUUCACGUGAUGUUAGUGUCCAUGUUUCUGGGUUUGUGCUCAUAGAGACAGUGACCUAAUUGCAAAAUCUAAAAUCAUGUGGCUCCUGGGGAAUGUAGAUCUUUAUAUAAUUUUUACUUUUAUUGUUCAGGAGAACAGUUGACGCAUGCAUAUCAAUGUCUAAAAUGUCUUUGUGUGACUUUGUGUCAGAGGAUUGUGCUCCUCUUUUGUGUUUUCCUGUCUGUGCUGAGGAUCAGGUGCAGUGAGUGACAGCAGGGAGGUGUACUGUGUUUGCAGAGUAACCUUCAAUGAAGGGCUGAUCAAACCAAAAAGUAAAAGAUGUUGAAAUGUUUGUUUUAUUUGCUUUAAUGCUGUGCAACACUUAUCUUUUUUAUUUAUUUUUUACGUAGAUGUGUCCAGCUUUACAUUGUGUGUGUGUGUUUGUGUGUGUUUGAGGUGCAUUAUAAAUAAUCAUCUGUGUAUUAUUGGCUCAUGUCAGAGGAUUCCGGCCAAUCAUCUUUUUGUGCAUGCUUUAGUUGUUCUUGCUAAAACAUCACUUAUAUUUAAAUGUUUGCACUUUUCCCACUUACACAUAAAUGUUGAAAUUACUGCUUCUACUGGUGCCUGCCAGCCACGACACACUGUACAGUAAUUAAUCCAGAGAAAAUACUGUGUUCACCUGUAAAAGACCAUAUUUACUGUGUAUUUGUAUGUUCUCAUAAUCUCCUGUGCUCUUUGAUGCGUCACUCUCUGCAUGUCACAGAGCUGCUGCUUGGUUUUUGAGAAUUUUUACAAAAUGAAACUCAAAAUACGUUUCUAAAACUUCUUUUCUUGCCUGCGCUGAAUCGGCUUCAGCAACUGGACUGGUUUUGAAUAAACUGGUUUGGGUUUGCAUAUCUGCAUGAUGACAGAAUUGGGGAAGUUGUACAACUCUGGAGCUUGCUGGGUUUUACUUCUGAAAUGAUCCAUAACACCAAAGUACUGAAAGAGCCAGGUUCAGAGCUCAGGAGCGGUCUUUUCAAUCAGCCAGCCAACAAUUAUUUUAUCGUAUAUUAAUACCUCAAAUAUCAUGAAUCACAAUUUGAAGAAAUUUAAACAAGAAGACAAUGCUUUUUUUUUCCUUUUUUUUUUUUUUACCAUUUAUAAGGCCUAUUCAUUUGUUUGCGUUCAUUCCUGAACUGAAAUAUAUGAGCAAAAAAGUUUUCCACCUUAA